AUGCGCCUGUAUGUGCAUGGCGGCGACCCGCCGUUUACGCUCAUUGUGCGCCUUGAUGCGUCGGCUGCCGUCACGGUCGCCGAUGCCGCCGCCACGUUUGCAGCAGCAUACGAGGCGAAGCGCGGGCAGCUGCUCGACGUCUCAGCAGCUGCCUUCGAGCUCGCGGAUGGCGGGCGGGUGGACAGCCACAGCCGCGUGGCGCACGUGCUCAGAGACAGAGAUGACCUCUUCAUCAAGCUGCACUGCGGCGGCGGCGACCCCUCCACGCUGCGCAUGCUCUCGCGCCUGCUGCUCGCCGCCGGCAGGCCGGCCGAGGCCGCGGCGCGGGCGCAGGCCGCCGUGCGAGCGGCCCCUGGGGCGGGGCCGGGCGGCGUCGAGUCGUGGCAGCUGCUGGGCGACUGCCUGCUAGCUGCCGGCCAGCCCGAGGAUGCCCUGGAGGCGUUUCAAGCCGCCCAGUCGCUGUGCAAAGGCGAGGCGGCUGGCAGGGAGCUCACGCUCGACCUCCAAGUCUCCUGCGCCCGCGCCCUGCAAGCGGCCGCCGGCGCCGGCGGUGACGCCGGCCCAGCAAAGGGCCGCCUCGCGGCCGGGCUCGUGAUGGGCGUGCUCAGCGCCAGCGAGGACAACCACUUUGGGGCGCUGCUGCUUUUCGCCGAGAUGGCCGCGGCCAGGGGCCAGGCGGCCGACGCGGCGCGGGUCGCGCUGCGGCUGUUGCCGCGGGCGCCGGGGGACCGGCGCGUGGGCGCGGCGCUGGCUGCGGCGCUGCGGGAUCAGUGCGGCCUCAAAGCAGUGCUGGCGGACCUCGGCGCCUGCGCAGGCGCCGCCGCCGCGCUGGCGUAUGUCGCCGCCGCCGCCCGCGACGCCGGCGCGGUCGACGCCGCCAUCGCGCUCCACCGCCGCGCCGCCGCGGCCGCGCCGGCGCGCGCGGCAAACGCGCUCGCGCUGGCGCAUGCGCUGGAGCUGCGGCAGGAUUUGGGGGGUGCGGUGGCGGCGGCGGCGGCGUGGUGCGGGGCGGCGCUUGAGGCGCGUGUGGCCGUGGGUCGGAACUGUGGCGACGGCGAUGGGGUCGGCGUGCUGCCGAUUGAGCUGCUGCUGGAGGACGUGCCGCCGGCCUGGCCGCCCGCCGCGCAGAUCGAAUCGGGGCCUGCCUGCGGCGGCGGCGGGGCGGGGUCGAGCGGCAGCAGUUGCGGUGGCGGCGUGGGUGGGGCUGAGCUGGAGCCGCUGUAUGUCCUGGGGGACUCCCAUUGCCUGCCAGCUGCCUGGCGCCAUGCCGUCCUCCGCGGCCGCAGGCGGCUGCUGUGGCCGCUCCUGGUGACCGGCCUGAAGGUCUGGCACCUGCGGGAGGGCAGCAGCUUCUACCCCAAGGAGCAGUUCUGGCGGACUGUGGGCCUGAUCCCUGACGGUGCCCAGGCGGUGGUGGUUAUGGGGGAGAUCGACUGCCGGGAGGGGCUGCUGCAGGCGGUGGAAAAGCUCAAGUAUGACUCGCUUGCGGAAGCCGUGGAGGCGCUGGCGUCCCUCUACGUGGCCGUCCUCCUCCGCCUCGUCACGACUAAGCGCCUGGAGAUCUUUGUGCACCCGGUACCCCCGGUCCUUAUCGAGACGAGACCCGUGGUCAUGGCAUUCAAUGAAAUACUGAGAGAGCACGUGUCAGCAGCGGCGGAACGGCUGCCGCGGCGCGCGGGCGCCGCCGGUGGGGGGCUGGCUUGGCUGGAGUUUUGCCACGGGCUGCUGGAGGCUGCGCCGGCUGGCAGCAGCGGCGCCGGAGGCGCCGACAACGCCGCAGAAGGGGAUGGUGGCACCACUGCUGAGCGUGACGUGGUGGGCAGCGCGAAGAAGCCUGCUGGGCAGCAGCGGCUGCGGCUGCGGCCAGAGUUUGAGCUUGAUGGUACGCACCUGGCGCCAGCCUACCUGCAGCUGCUGCAGCAGGCCCUGGACGCAGCCUCCGCGCAGGAAAACUGA